UCGGCACGACAUGUGCCAUCUGUUUUUGAGGCGCCUCAAAAAUAGACUCCCUGCGCUCGGCACGACAUGUCCGCCAUCUGUCCUGAGGUUUGGGCGGAGACUGCUCCUCCCCCGCCUGCAGCUUCUUUCUUCCAUGCGCACCCUUUGCCUAGAGGCUCAGGCGGAGCUUCUCAAAGCUCUCAGGUCGGGGCCGUACCUGGCUGAUGGACGAGGAGAAUGCUAGCUCCCGCCAGGGUUGCUUCGUCUGCGACUGACUGCCAUGCCUCCUCUGCCAUGCCAUGCCACCUUCCUUGCGCUCAAUCGCACAAGUUCUCUCGGGGCCGUACCUUUCUGAUGGACGAGGCGAAAGCUAGCUCCGGCCAGGUUUGCUUCGUCUGCGACUGCCAUGCCAUGCCUCCUUGUCAGUCAAUUGCUUCCGCCUUGGCUUCUGCCUUCCUUCUGCCUCCGCCUUCUUUCCCUUCCUUCCGCCUUCCUUCCGUAUCUGUGCGCUGACACAGACAGAGCUGCUGAAGACUCCAAGCGCCAAACCUGGCUGAUAGAGCAGACAGUGCUUGGUGCAAGUCGAUCUGUUUGCUUUGCACCAUAAGGCAUACACUCCAUGUUAUUGUCAUGUUAUGAGAUGUGUUGGAAAUAUCUCAAGGACUUAAGCGUUUCUGAAGUGUAACACUGUACUCGAGGAAGAUUACAGGGGAGCACGCGAGUCAACGGAGGGGAGCACGCGAGUCAACGGAGGUUACACGAGGGGGCGGACAAAGAAUGCAAAAGACUCGAAAGGUCGCAACUGGAGGUUGCGACUGACCGUUA